AGCGUUUUCCUUAUCGAUGAUGUUUACCACUAACUGUCUGAUUAUUAUUCGCAGACUGUUUUACCCGUUUCGUUGAGCAGCUGCAAGUGUAAUAGCAGCUAGUUCCUUGUUAAGUUAGCUGUAUACAGAAGUUUUAUACCACAAAGCUUUACUUGUGGAUUUUUUUAUUUGAAUAAGAAGCUAGUCAGGAAUUCGGGAUCGAAAGUGCUAGUCCCUAUAGUCUUUUGGAUCAGUUAGUCUGGUGGUGAAUUACUCUGUUUUUAAGAGUAUGCAUUUUUAGUUGGGUUGUAUUUAUUGUUAAUAAAAAAAGAUAAUAUUUCAAAUGGAUAAUUCUAAACAAAAAUACACAUUCACUAACGAGAUGCAAGAAAAACAUCCAUGUUUUAGAAAAGGCUGGAAUGAUUAUGAGGCAGAAUGCUUGGUUUGCAAAUCAGGAACCUAUAUAUCUGUCGUGCACAAUGGUAAAGGUGAUUUAAACACACAUCUGCAGUCGGAAAAACAUCGCAAAGCAGUAAGAAGGGCUGUUGCAUCAACGAAAAUGAAAAUUAUUUUGUUACAGCAGGAAGCAAAUGCGAAGAUGAAAUCACUGCCGCAGAAGUCACUCUUGCAUUCCAUGCUGUUAGGCAUCAUCAUAGUACUUGCGUAAUAUUAUAUUGAUGCUGUUCUGAAAAGUUUUGAAGAAAACGAUUUCGCGUAUUUUGGCGUUGCAACAGAUGGCAGCAAUCACAAUGAACUGAAAUUAUUUACUACAAUUAUUCAAUAUUUUGACUGGAGGAAAGGUGGUUUGCAAGCAAAAUGGAUUAAGUUUACAAUCAAGACUGCCGACACAAUUGCCACUUAUGUAAAAGACACCUUAGCAAAAAUGUGUGGCAUUUACAGGAGACAACUGUAAAUGCCGUAUUGAAGAGAAUUAGAUCUUCAGAAAAAUAUGCAUGAUCAGAAAAGUAAAUUCGGCACAACCUAAUUCUCAUUAAUAUUUUCCACUCUGAAGUUGAGAUUUAUUUAGAGCUAUAUUUAGAGAGUGCUUACCCGCCUGGUGUGAGAUUCUGCUUGUGACUGAAGACAAUACUCUUCAUUUCGGUAGCUGGCGCUUUAGAAUGAGUAUCGUCCAAGUAUCAACGUUAGCACGAGUAUCGUACAGCGUUUGCAGCCUUAGCAUUUCGGUAGCGCAUAUAUAUGGUCUCGUGAAAAUACGGAGCUCACGAAGUAUGUGCACCAAGAUGGCGCACAACCUUAACAUAGUAUGUGUACCAGGUUAGGGUUCAGGUUGUGCGCCAUCUUGGUUCACAUACUUCGGGAGCGCCGAAAAUACUCAUGCACUAUCCGGAAUUUUGCUUUUUCAAAUAUGGUAACCCUGGGCUAAAUACAACAGUGAAGUUCGACACUAAUUUGCAAUCUUGAUACCGGUAUGCAUAAGCUAAAACAACUGCUAAACUUUGCGAAAUUUAUUGCUAUUCCCCGUCAAGGAAUGUGAUAAUCCACAAAGUUUGUCGUGAAGUGGCACCUGAUAGUGAUUUGGAAAAGGAAAAUCAUGGGAGGGAAUAAGAAUCUGACUAUUUAGAACGCCAUUUAAAUCAUGAAAAGCACAUUGACGCACUAGAUGCAUUAACUCAGAAGCGAAACGUGGAAGCAAGAGGAGGUUGUUCGAACUUUUUCACCGCAAUACCGACCGCUGAGGAAAAUUAAGUUUUGAAAACCCCAUCAAAUGAAAUUAAGCCUCACAUAGAUAGUGUUCCACCACGUGUUAAGCUGAAUUGAUCAAUAUUUUCCCGCAAAUUAAUAAAUAGUCGCAUGUCAACACACACUAAAUUGCCACAUUCAUGGUGAAUCAAAAAUUACGGCUUCGAAUUUUUGAUAAGCAUAGACUUUGUCGCCAGGGAAGAAAUCAUGCGGAGCAUAAGACAAGCAAAAUUUCAUACUCUGAUUUUGAUGAAAGCAAUGCUAUUUCAACAACGAAAAUGUCAAGAUUGUACAUCAAGUAUUGUACUUUGGAUGAUUGUCGCUUGAUUCAGCAAUAAACACAACAAACACGGACAAAAUGUAUAAACCUUGGAAAGGCACGAAAAAAAAGAGAAGCUAUUUGAGUAAAACGUGUGCUUUGCCCGCAUUCCGAUAAUACAUAAUAAGCUACUAUUACUACAUUUCACAAUGUUUGCAAAUAAUUUAGGAUUCUGCUCAGCCUUAGAAUAGUCUUGCUCAGUAAAAACAAUAUUUGCGCAGUGUGAAAUUUUCCUAGAGGGAACACUGGUUACAACGAUUAAAAAAACACUUGGUACUAGCCACUAGCGCCACUAGCCACUGACUAGCAGAAAUUCCAUCCAGAAUAGUUUACUCCAUUGCAUACAGUUUCCACGCGCAAAUAGAUUUCACCUUGUAAUGCAUGGAAAAUCAAGAGGGCCGAUAAAAAUGUAAUCGUACACAGAAGGACAUGGCCGAGCUUUAAAUACAAUGAAUCAGGCUUUAAAAUAGUGUUUCAACACGGCCAACCAAACGAAAAUGCAUUCUUCAGGUAUUCUCCCCAAUACGAAAUUGGGAAGAUUAGCAUCGGUAGCCUACCGUACAUCCCUACACAUUUAAAACAUGGUACGGUAUCCAUCAAAAACCUCCAACAAAGGCAGUGAGAACUUGCAUAAAUAAGAUUUUAAUGCGACAGAACAAUAGUGUAGAUUAGCUCAUGGGCUAGACAACAGAUAUUUUUAAAUUAAGUAUGAUAGGUGCCAAUGUUAAAGGAAAUGUACAUGCUGGUGUAUUGCAACAUGAAAUAGACUCUGUUGUUAGUCAGCUCAAUGCUUUGUUAUCAGCAUCCAUCUCCUUGUUUUAUUCUCCAUGUUCGAAAUAUCCUUUGCGAUAUCAUGACAAUGGUAGCAAUGUGAAUGCAAUACAAGGUUCAGUUGUAUUCCACGAAGAUACAUUGUGUUCCAUGGAAAUGUUGGUGAAAUCGACAAAAACAGCUAGUGCAGUUAAAUCAACCUUCAGGGAUGAUAAACAAUGGAAAUUACAGCAGAUCCAAGAUGCUAUCAAUCAUUUGAAACUGGCUACAAGUGCUCUAAAUGUUUUUCCAAAAUCUUCUAGAAAUGGUCAGAAUCAAUAUAGCAAAGGAUAUAUUAUUGAUGUACUCGAUAAAAUUAAUAGAAGUAUAAAUAUGUGCCGAAUGAGAUUAUUUUCACCAUGCAAACUAUCACUUGAAGCUCUAGUAUCUAGUGGUAUUGUGAAAAUGUUCACUCCUCCAUUACCUGGUGAUACGAUUGUAAACUUUUUCAUUUUGGAGGAUUCUCUAGUUGUGACCCACUACACUGUGCAACAAUCCCACACAACUAUAUCAAAGAAUUCUCAACACAAUAAUCCUGCCUCACUCUUUCAUCCUGUUGGUGCAAUAUUGGAACAUGGUGGUACACUCUAUGAAGUUGCUACAGCUCAUAAAGCAGAUUGUCCAAUACCAUGGCUGAAAAAAAUUCUUGUUGCUACAGACAUUUGCCUGCAACUGACAAAUGAAUUAAGGGAAAAACUUGUGCACACAAAAUAGUUUCAACCAUGGAUUCUCAGAUGUCAUAUAAUGCUACUAGCUCCAUUCGUCAGAGUUUGUCUACGGUGCCUUCACUUCAUUGUGCCAUUUACGUACAGUAUUUAUGUUUUAAAAUGAAGCAAAUUUUGUAUUAUUUUGUCGAUUAGCAUUGGUUUCAAAUAAAGAAGCAUGUCAUCCAAUUGAUCACAUGAAUCAAUGAUGACUAUUAAUUGUACUAGUAUUUUUACCACUUUCUUCUUGCUAGUGUUUAUUUGGUAUUAAAAAAAUAUGAUUUAUUCAUGACUAAUGUUUACUCACAUCAUUGCUCAUUGUAUGUGCAAAAUUGUGCAAUUUUCAUUGUAAAAUAUAUUUUAUGUUUUGCUUGAUA